UGGACAUGAGACAGAUUCUGUGCAUUCAUACAAAACCAAGGAAUGUAAAAAACGAAAAUUCAAAAGCAAACGAAAUCAGUCACUCGUGGUCGAAAGAACUCAAAAAAUAAAAAAAAGUUCUCGAGAGAUCCACCUGUGUCUUAUAUGAAAGUUUCAUCACCGAUGGAAAAAGCGAAUGCACAUGCCAAUGAUUUUGAAGCGAGUAAUUUCAAGAAGGAAAAUGUGGUGUUCCCAGAAUUGGACGACACUUAUUUUUCCCCAGAAUCAUUCUCAGAUUUGAAACUACUAAAUAUUACUACAGAAACGAAGACUGGUAUGAAAUAUCGAUAAGAAAAUAUACACAUAACCAAAAUGAAGACGUGGAGAUAGAAAAUAUAAACAUCAGUCACAGUCAAAUGAAAACGUUCCAAAAAGAAAGAAGGGACUCACAAUUUUAUGAUGAUCUUAUGACGAACAGCGCUAGCCUUGACAAUCUAAUCAAACAAAACCCAAAGAAUUAUAAACGUUGUCAGUUAAAAAUCGAAUCUUCUCACAAGGCCACAGCCAUAGUUUUGGACACAUGUUCCUCAUUUUCUAAAAUAACAAUCAGCGGGAGGUCGAAAUGUGGGCAGACCUAUAAUGAUGAUGAGGUUGUCGUGCAGGUCUUGCGAGAGCCCCGACAGCCACCGGGUCUCCAAACAUCUUCAACUAACCACCAAAGCAGAUAUCAAAAUGAAGCCUAUGGUUGUGUUGUGGGGUGUACUUGUCCAAAAGGCCAGAUGUGAAAUUCCAGGUGUUGACAUGUACACUGGAUGACUUUGAAGGACACCUCAUGAGGCCUCUCUGUAAGACUAUUCCAAAAAUUCAUGUUCUGAACGAAACCGUCCGUUCACAAGCAUCCUGACGAGAGAAAGCAUCUCAUUGAGAUAAAAGGAAUACAAAACGGAAAAAUAACGCAUAAACGAUUCGUAAAGAUCGAUCCUGAUAAACGACAAGAUUAUGUGUUCAUAGUUGUCCUUCUUGCCUGGAGAAAAAGCGAAAUUUAUCCACUAGGGGCAGUUCUGGAUGCUUUCAUCACAGGACAAGAUUUUUCGAAUGGUCUGGAUGUUCUAGCUCUGAAGCACAGAUUACCCACGACUUUUCCCGAGGAAAGUAAUAACUGAAAUACAAAACAGUCUGGAAAACGCAGGACAGCGGAUUGUUGAUGGGCGAAAGGAUUUGACAAAGGAAAGGAUUUUCACAGUUGACCCACUAGCUUCCAAAGAUCUUGAUGAUGCUUUGAGCAUAAAGAAGAAGGCGAUUUUACAAUUGUUGGUGUGCACAUAGCUGAUGUGGCUGCGGCAGUUGCUGAGAGGUCAGCCAUUGACGAGAAGCGAGGAAACGAGGCAUGACUUUCUAUCCUUCCUGUCGUCGACCUCAUCCAAUGCUGCCCGAACCUCUGAGCUGUGGGACAUGUAGUCUUCUCCAGGCCAGGAGCGUCUUGCCAUUAGCGUUUUCUUCAAAUUUGACAAAGAAGGACAAUUUAAGGACGAAGCUGUCGUCGCGAAAUGAUAAAGUCUUGCAAACAAUUUUCAUACAAAGAUGUUCAAAGAAUUAUUUGCAACUGUGACGAAGAUAGCGAGGAGUCUGUCGAGAAGGAUGUCAUUCACCUACACAAGAUCUCAUCAAAGCUUCGAUAUCAGCGCCUUGAGAAUGGAGACCUAUCUAUACCCUUUGAAGAUCCUCGUCUUCAAGAUGUGGACGAAGAUAUGGAAAAUCCUGAGGCGCAUUCCCUUGUAGAGGAAUUCAUGAUUAUUACCAACAAAUAUAUCGCCAGACGCCUCAGUCAAAAUCCAAAGCUGUCUAGCUUACUGAUCCUUAGAACGCAGAAGCAGCCAGCAUCUGAGCAGCGGAAGGAGUGGUUUAGCAACGAAGGCGCCUUGGGACAUCUUGUAAUGAAGUUACAAGGGCAGAAAAUUAAUAAAAGCAUCCAGUUGUUGGCAUCCUGCAUGAAGGAACAGGAUGACCAGUACGUUAUUGUUCAGCGAAGUCUGUGGACGAAACUUUGCUAUUGUCUUCAAAAUGAUAAUAUCGAGGAAAUAAGAAAAAUAAUUUUUAUGGAUAAUGCUCAUUCCUUGCAGUGUCUGGCUCUGCAGCACUGGCUGGAAAUGAUGGAAACGGCAGAAUACAAGUGCGGUGACGGGCUCAGCAAGGAGAAUGCCCUCCAUUUUGGUCUCCAGGUAGAUCGCUACACGCAUUUACCUCCCCCAUCAGAUGCUACGUCGAUCUGCACGUGCAGCGCCUUGUGCAUGCCGACCUUGACGGAACCGACGUGAACUGUACUGUCAAAGAGGUCAUCCAGCUGUGCCAAGAAUUAAACACCAUUGCGGCUCGACAGAAAGCUUUCAGCAAAGAAUGUCAGGCUCUGGCGAUCGCUGAUACGCUUCGAUCAGGUCCUUUGAAUUUCAGAGCCUAUGUGGACGAGUUGAGCAGCGACAAGAUGGUCCUUCAUGUACCCUCUCUCCAAAAAGUCUCCAGCAGAAAGCAAGAGCUGCAUUUUAACUUGUUAGGGGCAGUGCAGCAACCAGAGGUCAUUGCCCCAGCAACAAAACGAGAGAAAGUGAAAGUUCACGUGAAACCAGCCGUCUACUGUGUCAGAUCUGAAGACAGAAAUGAACUGGACAAGCGCCGAAAGUACGGCGAUCUUUCCUCGCCAAAAAUUUCUCCUGAACCACGAUCAGUUUGGCGUGCUCGUCAAGCAGAAAGACUGGAGUUCGCUCGUGAAGAUGUUGUUGAACAACCAGAGAUCGGAGAGCGGAUGUCGACCUCUUAUUCCAGUGCCGUCUGUUGCAGCAACAAAGGGAGCCAGUCAUGUGACGUCAGAGAACAGUGAUGGAACUACUGCCAUGCACCCUCGUCUGUAUGAAAUGGAGUUUUCUCGAGGGCAAAUAGUUCAAGUUCAAAUGUCUGCAAAGGCAAUAAAGGCAUUCUAGCAGCACAAAUAGAAAUGGUGAGAUUUGCUCAAAACGUCCUCAUUUGCAUGUGUCAUUCGCGUGACCCAGUCUCUACUCUUUCGCGAACAUCAGUCCAAUGCACCAAAGGCAAGCGUUUCACAAAAUAUACAGAGUACAUGAGCACCUGGAUGCGACUGCUGGAAAUGGAGGCCGCAUAUGAGGCCGGAAGCAACGCUCCUGGGAUAAUUCUGGAAAACAUAACCGUCAAAAUAAAGCGAACAAAUAAUUCUAAGGGCCAAGUGAAUCAAACUGUCUUCUCGGGAACAUUUCAGCUUCCAACGGCGUUCUGCUACGAUAGAGGAAUUGAAUUUGCUGGAGUCAAGGCUUACAGUAUAAGGCCCGAGAACGACUUGAAAGGAAGCCGCUCUUGUCCUCUUGACUACCUGUGUCUGAGAUUUCACACGAAAUGUGCAUCUUCUACAGUUUCAAAAGUAAAGAACUCGGCGGCUCAUCCAAUCAUUGAUGUGGACUAUAGCUGGAUUGGACAUGGACUUAUAGUCAGCGUUAGCAGGACCAAAGGCAAUAAAUCUGAAGGUUCUAAGAGGGCUUAUAAAAAAGGUUGUAAUGGUUACGAAGACAAAGACGAUAUCUCUGUCGACUUCUUGCUCACCCACAACAGUCCCGAGCAGCCACCAGAACUCUUAACGACCAACGACAGCGCGGUUACCUUGGAAAUUUUGUUAAAGGGCGAGGCCGUCAGACGUGCCCAAGAGAUCUUAUGCAAACUAAAAGACGACGAUUGUGAAUUGGCAAGAGCCAUCGCCUACGACAAAUCACUUCCACAUCUAGAUGCUGAUCACCAUGCAUUUGGGACAGCGAAGAAAAACCAUGAUGUACAAUUGAAACCCAGUGAAAGCCUUCCUAAGAACAAUCCUCAGCAGCAAAAGGCAAUUCAUCUGGCAUUAACCAGCCCUUUGUCUGUCAUUCAAGGUCCACCAGGUACCGGAAAAACGUACACCGGAAUCAAGCUUGUUUACCUGUUCUGCAAAAUUAAUAAGGAAAUGGAGCAGAAACGGACAGGGAAAAAGAACGGUGCUAUAUUGCGGACCUUCAAAUAAGUCCGUGGACCACGUUGCCAAGCAAUUGAAGAAACAUUUGGGUGACAAGUGUCCAAAGCGUCUGAGGAUCUACGGCUCGGUCAUUGAAGAUAAAGAUUUUCCAGUUCCUAGGAAAUCACAUGGUAUGAGAUAUGCCAACCCUGAUUUGAAAAGUGAUAUAGACCUUCAGGAUAUUAGUCUUCACUUUAUCAUACGACAAGACGGAAAACCGUACGCAGAGGAAAUCAACAAAUACGACAGGAUUUUUCAGAAGAUCAAACAAUACUCAGCUGAAACAAUUACAAGGGAGGUCCUUGAAAAAUACCGCACACUGGUAAUCAAGGCUGGCAAGGAAGAAAUGAUUCACUAUGAUGUCAUCCUCACUACCUGCGCAGUGGGCGGAAGCCAGAUGUGUGUGGAGGGAGUACAAAACAGCGUUUUCCAGAUCAUUGUGGAUGAGAGCGCCAUGAUUCCAGAACCCUUCUGUCUGGUGCCCAUUGUGGCCCACAAGGCCAAGCAAGUGGUGCUCAUCGGCGACCACAAACAGCUGAGGCCUGUCAUCCAGUGCAAGGCAGCUGCUGAUCUGGGACUCGACCAGUCGCUGUUUGAGCGACUUUUUACACAGUACAGCAAGCAAAGCAUCUCUCUGAACUGGCAGUACAGAAUGCAUCCCGCGAUUAGCGAGUUUCCUUCCCAGGAAUUCUAUAACGGUCAACUUGAAACACGUCAGUCACCGUUGUGGACGGGCAGUCCUCUGCCAUUCUGGCCAUUGCUUAGAAAUGAACGUGUGCCUCACCUGUUUGUCGACGUUAGAGGGCAAGAAGAAAUGCUGACAGUCACCACGGAUGAAGGCAAUGAGAAGUCAAAGUCUAACAAACAGGAGGCCCGAAAAGUGGUAGACAUCUUUAAGUUCUUGAACACUGAACAUGGCGUUGACAUCAAAACUAUAAAAAUACUGACACAGUACAACGCCCAACGGAGCCUCAUCGAGAACGAGCUGAAGAAGCUUUGCGAUGACCAAUACGAUCCGAACAGGAAUCAGAUCAGUACGGUCGUCUCCAGUCAAGGAGGCGAAUGGGACUAUGUGAUUCUGAGCACUGUUCGCUCAUUGCCAGCACAUCAACUAGAGCAGAGACCUACACACGGUUGGUGCAUCCAGAACAUGGGGUUCAUCACGGACAAGAAUCAGAUCAACGUUGCCCUCACACGUGCCCGUCGUGGCCUCAUCAUCGUAGGAAACAAAGAGCUGCUAAAAUGUGACCAGUUCUGGGGUCGCCUCAUUGAACGGUAUGAGAAAAUGAGGUGCGUGAGAAGAGGCGAAGAAUUCCCUUACCCUCGUGUUGGAACUUUUAUCAUGGAAACGGUUGUUGACGCAGUGGUUAAAGCCCCUGUCACCAUGACAGAUUCGGGUGUCGUAUGUUCCUAUCUCCGCUUGGAAUUCUCUCCGUAUGUGCCAUCUGCUUACAGAGCUGACUGUCUAGAUACUCCGGUUUCCUCAAUGUUUGCUCCAAGUUUUCUGUGUAUAUGCAUAAUGGGUGUGCGCAUGUUCAUACCAUUUCUAAGUUGUCUGCUCUUAAAAAAAGUGUGUGAGCGGGUGAGCCUGAAUAUCAAACGCUGACAACUGUAUUAUUGCUGCAAAGUUUGCAAAAAGUGUUGGCGAUAAUCAAACCUUGAUCUCAGCAGAGUGUUUGCUUUGCUCAGGCAUUGUUCCAAAGAAAAUCCAUACACCAAAAUCCUAACCAAAACCCCAGCUUUAAACCACAAGGCUGUAUUUUACACACAUGCCAAGUAAACUAGUUAAAACAUGACUACACAACAGUAUUAUUAUUAUUAAGAUAGAUUUACAAUUUAUAAAAAUAUGAUGAGGAUUUUGUAUUAAGAUAUAUUUAUAGUUUUAUAAAGUGUUAUUUUUUUAUGGUUCUAUUUCUUUUUUUUUUUUGCAGAAUGUUUUAAAUCUUUUACCAUAUUUUUAUAUUACUAUGUAUGUCACUCCAUUCUUUUAGUACAUUUAUAAUCACAAAUUUGCAAGAGAGGGACAAAUCUGAAAUAAUAAUAAUUAAUUAAAUUAAUAUAUGAAUUUAUAAAGCGCUUCAUCUCACCAUUAGCGGUUCGCUCAAAGCGUUUUACAGAGAAGUAUAAACACACGUCGAUAUGGCGUUUGAGACCGUUAGACGAUGAAGAAAACAACAAUUUCGUACACACUCGGGAAACAGCCCAGAAUAAUUGGAAGCAAACGCAGUUAAAAGCACUGAUUAACAGUAUUCAGGUGAUUUCAGCAGACACCAAACAUGAUGAAAACCCAAAGGCACUACACGAAACAAAAGAAAAAGAACAGGAAGACUACUCCACUCCAGCCGGAAGACGAAGGGACAUCACUCUCAUCAUACUCUAUAUAUUACUUAUUUCGUUAUAUAUGUUUUCCACAUGUUGAACAUGUGUUGAUAGUUACAGUUUUGGUA